AUGCUAACCAUUUUAGUACAUAGAAUUCUAAAAUUCACUCAGACAGUAUUCACCUUCGAAACCAAGUUUUCUAACUGGAUCAAUGGAAGUCUGAUUGGUAGUCUUUCUCUGAGUGAUGAAAACUCCUCCUUAGCAUCGUGUGAAAGUGUUCAAUUUAACAUUGUACCUGGUUCAAACUACUUACCAGUAGCUAUCGAUGAAACAACUGGUAUUUUGAAAGUAACUGAAAGUGAUUAUGAAACAAUGAAAAAUAAUACCUCCAUCACUUUCCAAGUGACAGUUAGGAAUGCAAAUACUUCACUAAAUAUAUCUGAUGAUGCAACGGUCAACAUUUUAAUUGGUGAAAAUUAUUCUGACGAAGAAACAGAAAGUGAAAUCACUGCAGUCAAGAGGGGCGCCAUACUUCCACCGAAUACUAUCAAUGUCACAUUUUCCAGAGUAUACAUCCAAGAUAAUCCAAAUUAUUGUCUCUUCGAUACAUGGUUUAUUGAUUCGGUAAUUGUCCUUCCACCUGGAAAUAAUAGUUUGAUCAUGAAGUUUUCUGGUCCGUCACUAAAUAAUGUCUAUUACGGAUAUAUACAAUAUUUGUUUGCUUACUACAACGGUUCAAAUAUAGCAAAUAAUUAUCCUGUGAAGUUUAGUAAUCUCACAUACUUGAACAAUAAUUCCUCGCAUUUUCUGUUAGAGAUUGUAAAUGUAUGUGUAACAAGGAAGUACAGAUAA